AUGAAGUUUCCUACUGCUCUGAUACUCAUCAGCGGUCUCACAGCCGAUGUCCCGGCUGCACUACUUCAGAGCCCUGCCACGGGCAGCGUGGAUACCACCGCCCCUCGUAUUGAUGUGUCCGGAUGCAACGAGAAGCCCGUGGGUCCCAUCUCUGGCGCUCUGCCUGGAGUCCACCUACCACCUCUCCUUGGCGAGAGGGCACUCUCCUCCGAGCAAAAGACCACGGCCUCAUCCCGGGAGCAGCGCCGGGGGAUCUCAGGGCCCAUUGAAGAGGUAGUCUGCGACGAAUCUGGCGUCUGCAUUUGA